GAAGUUUCUCCUGGCCUUGCAGCUCGCAAGUGCUGUGAAGUUUCGGGCCGUCAGCAACAGCUCCGCAGAGAUUGACACCUUCGUCGAUAACUACCGGAGAUCGGAGGUCGUCCAAUUCACGGAGAGUGGCACGUGGGAGGCCGAUUUCACCGGCUGCCUAGAAGUCCUCGUUGUGGGUGGAGGUGGAGGCGGUGGUGGCCGCUCCGGUGGUGGAGGGGCCGGAGGGGGCCUGAUUCAUCAUCCCUGCUACCAGGUGACCAAGGGCACGAAGUACGAUGUCGUGGUGGGUGCCGGGGGCGACGGAGGUAAAGGAAACGCCGGACUUGGACAAAAAAGCGAUGGAAAAUCAGGUCAAGACUCGAAGUUCGCGGACCUCGUCGCCAAAGGAGGCGGAGGCGGCGGAAGCGAUGGAACCAAAAAGGGAAAAAAUGGCGGCAGUGGUGGCGGUGGCAAGUAUGGCAAG